AAAUCCGUUCACCGUUGCGUCUGCACCACCUCUCCGAUCUGCUAUUGACAGAUUACUGUGAGUCAAUGAUCCCCCAAUCCUUUGAAUUAUCCAACCACGUCUUUUUCUUUAUUUUCCAUCCUUGAGCCUGAACUUGUGGCUUUCUAAGGGCGUGUUUUGGCAGGGUCUGGAUCUUUAGUCAGCCUGUCCAUUCAUUGUUGCCCGUUGUCCGCCUUGUGCGCUAUGGUUGGUCGAUCCUUUUAUCUGACUCAUGGGAUUACAGAUCAAUAAUUAGCCACCGGGUUGAAUAGAAGCAUUCCGCUCCCUGUGUUCGAAAACAUCCAUCAUGGCUUUCCCAAAUACCACAUCCAGCAUCGCUAUGGCCCUUGCUGCUGGCAAGACCGCCUCGGUCGACAUCCCCAAGCCCCGUCCUGGCUUUCCCAUGGCUGGUCGCGACUCGACUCACCCUGGAGCCCCUGCUUUGUUGCCCACACCGCCCAACUCUAUAUCGCCAACUCUGCCGCCUCAGGGUUUCCGCCGGGGAGAUGUCGAUCAGCCGGGUUACUCUCCGCUUGCCUCUUCGCAUGUGGACUCAGAUGUCGACCUUGGAGAUGCUUCGGGUAUUUCCCUCGCUGCCCAUGAGCUCGAUAGCACUGGAGCUAUAACUCCUGGAAUGUUGGCUAAAUGCCAUCUUCCCGAGAUCAUGUUGCAACAUGGUCCCCUGGCGAUCCGCCACUUGAUGGGUUAUUUGACCUCCUCUGUUCCCGGUUUCUCGGGCAUACCUCCGGCGAAAGCACGGAGACUGGUGGUGGCCGCACUGGAGGGUCGAGGGUGCGACGAGAAAAGCGCUAUGAGUCAGAGCAACGUGAUUUUUGAGAAGGUCGGAUGGGGUCGCUGGGAUGCACGGCGCCAUGGCGAACCGUUGCGAAGCGAUCCCCAACGCCAGCACAUGUCGCCACCAUCCAGUCCCUCGGACACGUUCUCUCAGCGGGGUAUGCAGAUUCCCAUAACCAAGAGAGAUAAUUUGCAGCCCUAUGGCACCAGCGUGGCGGGUGAUUCCGCCGUGUUUUCUUACUCGACAGAGAUGGAAUUUGGUCGUCCCGAUGUCAGCAUGUUGGAAGACGAGGCGGAUAAGAUGUCUCUUGAUGGUCACGAUCGCGAGUACUGCUCAUCUUCGGAGGCACCUGAUGACGAGAUGCCCAUCGAAGAUUGGGGUGAAGAGGAUGUGACGGACGAGGAGGAUUGGGCACAAAUAGGUGCUGAUGCGCUUCGAGCACGAUCUCUCAACGCCUCGGGCGGGUUUGUCUACGGCAGUGGCAAGUCGCCUCACUUUCGUGGAGGAGGGCCGGCACCCUCCUCAUUAGCGAAAUCCGCACCACGCAAUUAUCCUAUACAGCAGCUCGGGUUCAAUCCACCUGAUGGUAUCAUAAACGACGGGGACGAGCGCGCUGCAGCGGCGGCUGCAUUGUUACGACUUGGAUCGAUGUGACGUGAUACGACGAUCCAUCGUUAUUGGCGAUUCUACGGGUACCGGUAUUCUCGGGAUCCAAUUCAAGGCUGGUCCAAUUUCUUCUCAGUAUAUAUUUCUGCUUUAGAUGUUCAUCUCUGGGGCC